AUGCGGUGCUCCCGUUUACUUUCCACGGCGACGCGAUCACUUCAUGUGAGUCCAAUCGCUUCUUCGUCCAUUGCAGAAUCCGCUAUCAGUUCCGUAGCUGGCGCACCUCAAUGUCGAGUACUGUAUGACUCACAUGUGCCCACGACGCCGCUGCAAAAGAUCUUGCUAUCUAUCACAUCGGCACUGACAGUAUUUGCAAACCCAGAACGUGGUGAUAUGCUGGCUGCUUUGGGCGAAGUUACUGGUCGUGAUGCCUUACGUAGCAUUCAUGCACGAAUGUGCUCUAAUCCUGUUGGUGCACGAAUUCUAGCCGAAAAACCUGUGAUUCGAAGUGACAAGAUCGAGAUGAACUGCUUGCGUGCACUUUCUACUGACUCAUUUGGAUACCAUUACGCCACAUACAUGGAUACACACGAUUUUCAUGCAGAUGAUCGCUCGCUCGUACGCUUUGUGGACGAUCCCGAACUCGCGUAUGUCAUGCAGCGCCAUCGCGAGGUGCACGACUUUUGGCACACGUUGUUCGGCGUGCCUCCGACAGUAUUAGGUGAAAUUGCGCUUAAAUACGUCGAAAUGGUGCACUCGAUGCUGCCAGUCAGUGCAUUGAGUGCAUUUGUCGGCCCAUUACGUCUUUCUAGAGAAGAGCGUUGCCUUCUAAUGAACAUUUAUGUGCCAUGGGCAAGCCAAGCGGCCAGAUCGGCACAUUCACUACACUGCGUCAUGUACGAAGAAGAAUUUGAGACACCAAUUGAAGAAUUACGUCAGCGUCUGAACAUCAUAGUUGCUCCUCCAUUCAAAAACCAGAAAGAUAACAUGCACUGA